AGAGACUGAAAAAGGGGGAACUUUAGCGGAGAGAGAGAGAGAGGACGAGCGGUACUGCAGAUUCGGGGGGGAAAAGAGAAGUUUUUUAGCUUUUUUUUCCGCAGAUUCGCUUGCUGUCGACGCGUGUUUACCUUGCUGUCGCGCUUUUCGCCGUCGUCCGAAAAUCUUUUCUACAGCCUGCUUUCCAAAAAAAAAAACACGAAAGGUAAAAUAACCUGUCCGGGCUCAGAUUAGCCCAAAAAGACGAAGACGAAGAAGCAGAAGCAGAAGAAGAGAAAAAAAACAGUGCGGGGAGUUUUGCACACUCCAGAAGCACCGUGCGUUGUGUUUUUUUUUUUUAUUUGUACUGUUAAGUAACUAUCAUACAUUUCCAUUGUUUGGGACGUGUUUUUUUUUAAGACUCUUUGGGAAACUCGCCAAAGAGUUGAAAAGGAAGCUGAGCGAGGAAGGACGUUUUUACCGAAAGGGAAAAGCAAUUUUUUUCGGAUUAUUUCCUGCGGAGUUCCUGUGAUGUUUAUUUUUCUAUUGGACGUUGUAACACUAUUUUCCUGUGAUACGGAAAGGGCAGGGAAGGAGGGGGGGGUUCGGGAGGGAAUAAUCGUGUAUAAAACACAGUGAAACCGGGGAUUAAAAACUAAACGUUUUUUUUUAAUUUUCAUGUCAACAGUGCGAGAGGAGGAGAAUACCACGCUUUAUAAAAGGACAGAAAAAUAAAAGAAGAUCUUUGUAUUUGCAAGUCAAAAUAAACAGUUGCAUCUUGCAGAAAAGCAACAGCUAAUCCAGGAAUUUUCUUUUUUUAACCUUUUGAAGGAAACCCCAGCUUUUAUGUGGGUAUGAGCGACUCGCUACCCCUUAGGGUACCUCCUUAUUAAAGCGGUUUGCUGGUGGGAAUUAUUUUCUCGACUGAAGGAGGAUUUUGUCAAACAAACUUUACCCGAUGAAAGUGGACGACUUGUAUCACUUGAUUUAAAAUGAAGCUCUGGGUUCGCCAAAGUGCUGUCAGAACCCAAGACCACAUUAUUUGAUGCAAAUCUAACCUGGCGAAGUAGUAAAACAACAAAAAAAGUUCAUACAUAUUUUGAGUAUUAAAACGCGUUUAAAUAUUCCCUCACCCCCCUUUUUGGGGGUGGUGUGGUUUUGUUUUUUUGUUUUUGUUGUGUAUGAAAACGGCUUUCAAGCAAGAAUCUCUGAUUUUAUAAACGAUUAAAGGAAAAAGUUUUACUCAAUUUUUGGAUUUUUUCCCCUUUUAAUCUGGCAUUUUUUGGUGGAUUUAAGGACAUCACUGGGGUCAGAAUGCGGUUGGACACCCCGGUGGUUGCUUUCGUUACUUUUAUCUGCGUUUUAAGCAAUUGCGGGAUAUCGGAUGGAGAAAUUUGCAAGAGCAUGGACAUCCGCAACAACAUCACCCACCUGCACGCCAUCGAGAACUGCACGGUGAUCGAGGGCCACCUGAAGAUCCUGCUCAUGUUCAAGACCAAGCCGGAGGACUUCCGGGGCCUUCGCUUCCCCAAGCUCACCAUGAUCACGGAUUACCUGCUGCUGUUCCGCGUCUACGGCCUGGAGAGCCUGCGGGAUCUCUUCCCCAACCUCACCGUGGUCCGCGGCACCAACCUCUUCUUCAACUACGCCCUGGUGCUCUUCGAGAUGCUGCAGCUGAAGGAGAUCGGCCUGCACAGCCUGAUGAACAUCACCAGGGGCGCCGUGCGCAUCGAGAAGAACCCAGACCUUUGCUACCUGUCCACCCUCGACUGGUCCAAGAUCCUCGACUCCGUGGAGGACAACUACAUCGUCUCCAACAAAGAUGACCGCGAGUGCGGGGACGUGUGCCCGGGCACCGCCAAGGGGAAGACCAGCUGCCCGCAGACCAUCUUCAACGGGCACUUCAGCGAACGCUGCUGGACGCAGGACCACUGCCAGAGAACAUGCCCCUCCAGUUGCAAGCACCGCGCCUGCACCAAGGAAGGCCAGUGCUGCCACGAUGAGUGCCUGGGCAGCUGCACGGCGCCGAACGACCCCCGCAAGUGCGUGGCGUGCCGGCGCUACCUCCACCAGGGGGCGUGCGUGGACAACUGCCCGGCGGGCUCCUACAUCUUUGAGGGCUGGCGCUGUGUCUCCUUCAAGUUCUGCCAGGACCUGCACAACAAGUGCAAGCAGGGCACGGGCUGCGAUGAGUACGUCAUCCACAAUGGAGAGUGCAUACCCGAGUGCCCCUCCGGGUACACCACCAUGAACUCCACCAUGUUGAACUGCACCCCCUGUGCCGGCUUGUGUCCGAAGGUGUGCACAGGUGUGAAGACUGUGGACUCUGUGACAGCAGCACAGGCUCUGCGUGGGUGCACCAUACUCAACGGCAGCCUGGUGAUCAACAUCCGUGGUGGAAACAACAUUGCGGCCGAGCUGGAAGCCAACCUGGGGCAACUGGAGGAGAUCACUGGCUACCUGAAAAUCCGCCGGUCCUACGCGCUCGUGUCCCUGUCCUUCUUGCGCAAGCUCAAGCUGAUCCGUGGGGAGGUUCUGGAGUCGGGGAAUUUCUCGUUCUAUGCGCUGGACAACCAGAACCUGCGUCAGCUGUGGGACUGGUCCAAGCACAACAUGACCAUCCUCCAGGGCAGGAUGUUCUUCCACUUCAACUCCAAGCUGUGCAUGUCGGAGAUCAGGAAGAUGGAGGAAGUGACGGGGACCAAAGGCCGCGACAUCAAGAACGACAUCUCCAUGAAGACCAAUGGAGACCAAGCAUCAUGUGAAACCCAGGUCCUGAAAUUCACCCAAAUAAGAACGUUGUCUGAUAAGAUCAUCAUUAAAUGGGAACCAUUCUGGCCACCGGAUUACAGAGAUCUACUGGGUUUUAUGGUCUUAUACAAAGAGGCCCCCUAUCGCAACGUGACCGAGUUUGAUGGGCAGGACGCGUGUGGAUCCAAUAGCUGGGUGAUUGCUGAUGUGGACCCGCCGCCUCGUGCGUCGGAUGGCCGGGACCAGGUGGAGCCCGGUCACCUCAUCCAUCCUCUGAAGCCCUGGACCCAGUACGCCAUCUUCGUCAAGACCCUGCUGUCCGCCUCCGACGAGCACCAGGUCCACGGGGCGAAGAGCGAGAUCAUCUACGUCCGCACCAACGCCACCAAGCCCUCGGUCCCACUGGAUCCCAUCUCGUCCUCCAACUCUUCCUCUCAGAUCAUGCUGAAGUGGAAGCCCCCCACAGACGCCAACGGCAACAUCACCCACUACCUGGUCUUCUGUCAGCAGCAGCCCGAGGCCAGCGAUCUCUACAAGUUCGACUACUGCCAGAAAGGGAUGAAGCUACCCUCCAGGGCCCCCACACACCAGGACACAGAAGAGGCGCAGAAGUGGAACCAGACCGACGAGCCGGGCCAGUCGGGCCGGUGCUGUUCCUGCCCCAAAACCGAGACGCAGCUGAAGCGUGAGGCAGAGGAGUCGGAGUACAGGAAGACCUUCGAGAACUACCUCCACAAUGAGGUCUUCGAGAUCAGAACAUCUUCUGCAGGGCUGGAGACGAACGAGGAUCGGCCCUCCAGGCGCAGGAGGUCGCUGGGCGCCGUGGCCAACAGCACCAUCCAGCGGUUCUUCACCACGCCGUCUACCCUCCCCAACGCCUCCACGACCCGCGGGCCCGAGGAAGAGGAGGGCGCCAAGGUGGUCCUGACCGUCCACGCCAAGGAGUCCGCCGUGAUCUCCAGCCUGCGCCACUUCACCAGCUACCAGAUCGAGAUCCACGCCUGCAACCACCCCACUGAUCCCUCCCGCUGCAGCAUGGCAGCCUACGUCAGUGCCCGCACCAUGCCAGAGGACAAGGCUGAUGAUAUUGUGGGCCAAGUGACUCACGAAGUGUUGACGAACACUGUUCACAUCAGGUGGCAGGAGCCCAAGUCCCCCAAUGGCAUGAUCAUACUGUAUGAGGUCAACUACAAGAGGCUGGGAGACUCAGAGGAGUUGCAUCACUGCGUGUCCAGGAAAAGCUAUUCUGUUGAUCAAGGCUGUAAACUGAGAGUUCUGCACCCUGGGAACUACUCUGUCCGGAUUCGUGCCACGUCUCUGGCAGGGAAUGGGUCAUGGACAGAGCCGACGUAUUUCUACGUUCAGGACCCCAGAGAUCCAUCCAGCGUUAUGAAGAUUGCCAUCGGCUCUGUGAUCUGCAUUGUCCUCAUUCUUGUUGUGGCUGGCGCGGUCUUCAUGGUGGUGAGGAAGAAACAAACUGAGGGACCCACUGGACCUCUCUACGCUUCCUCCAACCCAGAAUAUCUGAGUGCCAACGACGUGUACGUGCCGGACGAGUGGGAGGUCCCGCGGGAGAAGAUCGACGUUCUCCGAGAGCUGGGCCAGGGCUCCUUCGGGAUGGUGUACGAGGGCAUCGCCAAGGAGAUCGUGAAGGGGGAGCCUGAGACCAGGGUGGCGGUGAAGACGGUUAACGAGUCGGCCAGCCUGCGGGAGCGCAUCGAGUUCCUCAACGAGGCCUCGGUCAUGAAGUCCUUCAGCUGCCACCACGUGGUACGUCUGCUGGGAGUGGUGUCCAAGGGGCAGCCAACGCUGGUGGUGAUGGAGUUGAUGACCCACGGAGAUCUGAAGAGCUACCUGCGCUCCCUGCGGCCUGAUGCUGAGAAUAACCCUGGCCGCCCUCCGCCCACUCUGAAGGAGAUGAUUCAGAUGGCAGCAGAAAUUGCGGAUGGCAUGGCAUACCUGAAUGCCAAGAAGUUCGUGCACAGGGACCUAGCAGCAAGAAACUGCAUGGUGGCAGAGGACUUCACUGUGAAAAUUGGAGACUUCGGCAUGACGCGGGACAUCUAUGAAACGGAUUAUUACCGUAAAGGUGGGAAGGGCUUGCUCCCAGUCAGGUGGAUGGCUCCUGAGUCCCUGAAGGACGGGGUCUUCACAGCUCAUUCGGACUGCUGGUCGUUUGGUGUGGUGCUGUGGGAGAUCAGCACCCUGGCUGAGCAGCCCUACCAGGGGCUGUCGAACGAGCAGGUCCUCAAAUUCGUCAUGGAUGGAGGGUAUCUGGACCGACCAGACAACUGCGCAGAAAGACUACACAACCUGAUGCAGAUGUGCUGGCAGUACAACCCCAAGAUGCGGCCCACGUUCCACGAGAUCAUCGAGAUGCUGAAGGACGACCUUCACCCCAGUUUCCAGGAGGUGUCCUUCUUCUACAGCGAGGAGAACAAGCCUCCCGAGACCGAGGAGUUCGACAUGGACUUCGAGAACAUGGAGAGCAUCCCCUUGGAUCCCUCCUCUUACUCCCAGAGAGAGGAGAGCCUCGGCAGGGACAAUGGGCCGUCGAUGGGUCUGAGGGGCAACUACGAGGAGCACGUGCCCUACACACACAUGAACGGUGGCAAGAAAAAUGGCCGUAUCUUAUCCUUACCCAGAUCCAGCCCUUCCUAACAUUUCCUCUUCAAGUUUUACUCAUUUAUAAUUAUUUUAUCAUUAUUGUUUUACAGAGGCCCUACAACAGAUCUCAGGACUUUUUUCAUUUUUUUUUCUCUCCCUCUCUUAGCUACUACAGCACGAUGACACCAUACGUUCUACCUUUUAAUCAUCCGCGUCACCUUCUCGACUUCUUUCUUCAUGCGUUUUUUUUUUUUUUCCCCCACAAUUGCCAAGUUUCCAGACUGGUCAGUGGAAUUAACUUUGAGCAGAGUAAGCUCAACCAACCAGUUAGCGAAAGGCUGCUUGAGCAUAACCUCCUCGGCCUGCUUGUCCUUUCGCUUACAGCUCGAGGUUUGCGUUUUUCAGAGGAAGUGGCCUUGAUAUCUGUGCCCUACAAACAGAAGUGUCUAUAAAUACUUGUGUUCAUUUCCUUUAAAACAAUGACAAAACAAUUUGGAACUGUGGGAUGGCAUAAACUGUCUCUUAGAACAAAUAUCAUCUACUUUUUGAGGAACUUUUUUGUUGGCCUGUUUGUCCUGUUAUAUUUUUAUGCAGAAUUCCAAACUUCACUCAGAGCCCUUGAAUCGUUGAUGUUUUUUCAGUUUUUUUUCUUUUCCAUUUCAUUUGUGUUUUUCUCGCGUUACGGCUGAAGGAUAUUUAAAAGUUUUUUUUUUUUUAAAGAAUGGACAAAAGAGUUCCUCGGAUUGACCAAUAGCUGCUGCUUUGAUAUAUAUUUUUUGUGGGUAUAGAAGAUCAUAUAUAUAUUGUUUUUUUGUACAUAGUUGAUAUUUUGGUGUUUUUAUCACAGAGGCUUUGCUGAUCUUAGAGGUGUUUUUACAUUUCUCUCUCUCUUUGUAUUGUUCCCAAUUCAGAAGUCACACUAAUUAUUCUUUGAACCUUGGACGCCUGCAGAUUACCGUCUGUUUCCAAGCCUGUGCACAGGGUCAGCAUGUGUUGGGUUCUUGGGCUGCUCCUUAGCUUCCAGAGCACAUGUUUUUGUUUAAGACCAAAUAAAAUCUUCACUUUCAGCUAAAACCGGAGCCCCCUUCACAGAGAGUUCACCGGCGAGCUCGUUUUCCUGCACAGAAUCACACUGCUGUUCUGGAAUUCCCUCUGUUAGUCUGCAUGGACUAUUUACUUCAAAGUCUUGAAAACGAACAAAUUGGGCUGUUUUGCUUUUUAACUAGUGAUGAACCUGCACUGGUGCUGGCUAGCGUUGCAUUAAGAGCAGUUAGACGUGCUUAUCCCAUUAAGUAGCUACAGGGCAAGUUGUUUUUCAUGUUUUACACAGCAGUGCAUGAGAUUGAGAUUUUAUUUGGUCUUAACGUUGAGAUAUCCAGUUAGGCAGCCCAUGGCCUUUUUUACUUGCAAGCUCCAGUUGACUGGCUAAGCUCUCGUCGGACAGUUUGGUGAGGAAGUACGGGGUUGUGUUCCUGUGAAAAGCUCAGCUCCUGUAGCACUUCACUAAUAAUUUGACCGAGGCGCCGUCAGUACCUCGUUAUCGUUGACCGCUGUUUUUACAGAUGUUGGAGAAAGUGCUACACCCACUUAGAGAGCCCUAUUGCCCUCUUAGAGCUCAGUUCAAACUGUUCUGUAGCAUCCCAGGCUCUCGGUGAUCAGGUUUAAGCUGUAUCGCUCACAUUGAGGUAGGCAAUGAUGGUGCCUUUUUGUGUCUCCUCAUUUCUUUGGAUCACCCCUGACAAGGACAAGACACAUUUCCACCCUGAAAUGUUGAUGAUUGUCAGCCACUGGGGGAGGAGGGGUCUUUUUCCUGGCCAAUCCCUCAAAAAGCUGCUCAUUGCUUGGUCUGUGCAUGCAGCUCACAGGGGGCGGGAUGGGGUGUUAGGUGUUUAAGAAGCUCCUGCUGACCUGGAGGCUUACAGAGGGUUGUGAGACCUUAUGUUGGGGCAGAUGGGCUGACAUGAGACCGCUGUGUUGCGGGGAGCUCUGUCAGUGCCUGCUGUAUCACCUGACCCCCCCCCCCACAGGAUCAGGGCAGGUGGGAGGGUGCAGCACUUUUUCUGAGGUCUGACAUUCCAGGACUUUGCGUUUGUCUGUGUUCCACUUGCUCUCUCCUUCUCACUGCUGCUACACUACACUGGUCAGACAGGAGGGCAGGAAAAAAUGUAGAAUUGCCCCCUCCCCCUCCCACUUUCUCACCUGCUGCAAAUGUGAUUGAGUUUGAACCGUCUGGACUCUGUUCAUUUUCCUCCUCUUUCUGCCAGUUUGUGUCUGUCUGCCUGGUUAAUUCCCUGUCAGGUCUGUCCCCGCCGGUUCCGAAAUGCCAGAUUAUUUUUUUUGUACCUCUCGUCAGAUGGCGCCACUGGUUUGCUCCUGCUUCUCGCUCUCUCGGGGAGCCGCUGAAAGAAAUAUCGAAACACAGUUACACUACAUACCUCAGGUUCAAAAUGUUUGUCGCUCUCUUGCUAACCUGCACUUUCUUUCUCUUCCCGUUUCUCUCUCGGCCCACAUUUCACGACGCCCGCGUAUUGUCGGCCUCCGAUUAAGGCUUUGGUGCUCACAGAAACAAAGGAAUGACAUUUGAAAUGUCAUUCGAACAACACAACAGUGACAGGGUGCAUGCCAGGCUAUGUACAGUCUCCCUCUUGCAGAAGAGAAAAGGACCCACCUGUCGCAUCUUUGCUGUUUUCCUUUAGAAGCCUGUGUUUUUCUGUGGAAAUCUGUAGGAAACCUGUAGAAAUUAAUCUGGAGCAAGGAACAAAAGCUGAGCCAUAGGCACAUUCAGGCAUGUUCCUAUAGACCUUUACAGACAGAAAGACAUUCCUUUGAAUUUUUACCAAAUGCAGAUGAUUUGUCUGGGAACUGUGACUUGAUCGACACGUAAGCAUGUAAAAAGCAUACUGUAAGUCCGUAAUGUGGCUACAAAUACUGUAUCUGGUGAUCCAAUCUUUGCAAACAAAAUUGCCAUUUAGGAUUUCCACUGAAAACCGCAGGUGUUCCAACAAGGCAACAGAGUACAUUUUUAUUUAAUCAUAAGCUUUACUUUUCUGGAGGGCAGUAUCUGUCCAUCACUAAGUUUCACCAUGAAGAAGGGACAGGCUUAGAGGGAAAUGCACAGGAGCUAAGGGGAAUUGAAUGUAAUUUUCGUUAAUCAGCAAUUUGAGCCAUCUUUUUUUUUGUUUUGUUUUGUUUGCAGCGAUGUUGGCAUUGCGCAGCAGACUUGAUUGACACAGUGUAUUUUUCUUGGGAAGUGUGUAAAUACAGCAGCCUCUGAAUUGUGCCUUUCUCAUGUUAAGGGGCUCUUCAACUAUUGAGGGAUGUACCGACUGCAAGCUUUUCUUUCUUUUUUGUGUUUAAAAGAGACAUUUAUGUAAACGUAUCUUAUUUAUAUAUAUAUAUUAAUUGAGUGGGUUUAUGCCUCCUACUAGAUUUGGGUUAAUCUGUCUUUGAGGUAAACAUCCUUCCUGCAAAGAGCUUUGAAAAAUGUAUUGUGAUACCUUUCAUCUGUAAUAGAGGACUUUUCUCGAUAUCCAGGAGGGAGUUGUAAUGUCAACUGCUCACAAGUGAAAUUUCACCAGCUGGGGAUGGGUACAUGGAGGGGUGUGAUAGUAAAGAAAUUCCUCUUUUGCACCAUGCAAAGCACAGAUUGGAAAUACUGUACCUGGGUUGUGUUUGUGUCCUAUCGUAAGGUUGAUACUGCAACAUUGGCUUGAUGAAUUUGCAGAUAUGGCUUGCAAAUUUUAGCUACCUGUCCACAGAGGGAUAUCGAGAGAAACCUUUAAUGUAACAAGCCAUUUGCCAGGCUGAUUUAUUGAACCAUACCUCAAGUGCAAUGUGGUUGGGAGCUCUUUCACAAAAGAAUUCACCGAUUUGCUCAAAUUGGAGGCUUACUACGUCGAUGUCUCCAAUACAGUGUUUGAGAAAGCUGAGCCUAGUUUCUCAUCAGAGAACCUCAAGUGUUCUUGCAGCUGUCCGAACAAUAAGAGAUGGAAGUGAUGUGAGAAAAGUAGUCUUUUUCUUUUGAGGCACUGUUCCCUGACAAGCAAGCCUGACUUCAGUGUGUGAGAGCUAUGGUUUAAUAAAUUUCUGAACUGGCUACUUUUUCUUUUUUAAGAAACAAAUUGUCAUUAUUUUGGAAGCAAAAGAUCAUGUCUACUGCACUUUGUGGACAGAGCAAGUUUCAGGGCCACAGGUACAGAGGUAAUACACAAUUCAUUUUUUUUGUUCUAUGGCUUUGUAAAUAAUGUGUAAUGAUAAUUUUAUCGUGUAUGGUGCCUAGUUUUAGUUCAAAAGAUUAAGAAGAAAAAAGCUUUUCACUCUAAAGAAACACCCUUGCAGCUCUUCUUACACUACAACACAAAAAAUUUAAAAAGAAAGUUCUCACGAUUUUGUAAUUCAGAGGAUUGUCUUAUAUUUGGAAAGACAGAAAUUAAUAUUUUAUUUAUUUUAAUACGAUAGAAAUCACUGUACAAACCCAGUUUGCAUUAUAUUAAAAUAUAAAAAAAACUAGAAAAAAGUUUUAAAAAGGUAUAAAGCAUGUGCAUUUUUUUAUAAAGUAAGGAGGAGCGAUGGAGAGAGGGGGAGGUCGUGCGAUGAAUUUUUAGUUUCUGUCUCAGCACAGUCUACCUCAGCGUGUUGUAAGGAAGUUGUGAAAAUACAGUAGAAGCGCAAAGCGUCUCUUGUGGCGUCUCACAGUAUUCCGAUCGAGGUCUUCUGUAAACACAGAGAGGUCCAGCUGUGGGGCUCUGUUGCUGCCCUGGACGAACAGCACUGCGAAGAGGCCAUCAGAGAGCAGCUCCUCGCUCUGAAGCUCUCUCCAGAUGUAGGUUUUUUUCUGGGGGGGUGGAUGGUGAUACUAUCUAUACCUACUGGUUUGGGAGUUUUAAGCGAGGAGCUGAUGAAAGCUUGGUCCCAUCAGAAGAUUGCUAGGGGAAAUGCUUGAAAUAGUCAGGCCUCGGACAGGUUUCUUUUAAGCACACUGGAACUCUUCGCAGUCCUUUCAAAAGAAGAGGGAGAGGGUAGGGGCUUAAGUCGUAAAAAUGAUCAUGUUUACCCCUUAAGCUGGUAACUUUAGCAAAAUGAGUCCUAUAUCGAUUUAACUUUUUUUUUGCAAUGUGAGCUGUUAUUGCUGUAAUGGUGCAAACAUUCUCCUGUCCACUAAGGUCCUGUUCUCUGGAUCAUAAAAGGUUUCAUCUGUCCUUGGAAAGCACUAUGAAAAAUCAAGUAGUUUCACUUUCCUGUUGCGUUUGCUGUUACUUCUGCUUUUGUUUUGUCCUAACACGUACUAAUUAUCUGUGAUGAACGUUGCCAAACUUUUUAAAACAAACAUUGCUAAUUUCUGAUGCUAUUUUCUGCUUGGCUCAUGCUUAAGAAGAGUAUUCUUUUGGAAUGCUCUGUGGGGCGGUUAUGAUGGCUUUUAAGCACAGGAAAUGCAAAAGAACAGAGCCAAGGGGCAGCAUUUUAAGAUGCUUGGUAACUUGUUGAAAUUUGCCAAGGGGCAGUAUUAGAAAGCCUGGAAUUACAUGUAUUUAUACAGUAAUUAAAUAAAACGUUAAUUUGAUGUGUG